AUGUCACUUUUGCAGCGCAAUUUUGAGAUACAGCAACACGAGAGUAGGCAGUUAGGAGCGACCAUAGUCCAGACUGCAUUACUGAUUACUGGCGGUUCCAGUCCACUGCGCGGGAACACUACGAAUCACAGUGGAGGGCCAAGGCCAGGACAGAAAUUUUUGGCGGUCACUUGGAUGAACCAGACAGACCAAGCGACAUGGAAGCGUUCUGGGCCUGGGGGACGCGUCUUGAAUUCCCCACCAAUUCAACGAUCAGCAGGACACUUGCAGCCGACUAACAAUCUUUACCACUCAAAUGACACAGCAGAACAACAGCUCGACCCAAGAAUGGGAGAUACUCGCGAGAGCAAGCGCCCACGUGUGAACGGAGACCACGCCGUCAAUGGCUUUGAGCCAGAGGAGUGGUUCAUUGGCAGUAUAGACCAAGGAACCACAUCUUCCCGUUUUAUCAUCUUUAACCGCUUCGCCGACCCUGUAGCGAGUCAUCAGAUUGAAUUCGAGAACCACUAUCCUUAUUCUGGUUGGCAUGACCAUGAGCCUAACGAUCUCGUCGAGUCAGUCGAGAAGUGUAUCGAAAAGGCGACUGAGCAAUUCGUCUCCAAAGGCUACAAAACGUCACAGAUUAAAGCAAUCGGCAUCACCAAUCAGCGUGAAACAACCGUUUGCUGGGACAAGAAUACCGGCGAGGCACUCUGCCAGGCUAUGGUCUGGCCUGAUACGCGAACAAAGUCGCUGGUUCGAUACCUCAAGGAUAAGCCUGACUCCGACAAGGUAUUGGGGCUUUGCGGUUUGCCCCUGAGUACCUAUCCUUCUAGCGUAAAGCUUCUAUGGCUCACUCGGAACCAUGGCGAAGUUAGUAAAGCUUAUGAAGAAGGUCGUUUGGCUUUCGGAACUGUCGAUACAUGGUUGAUCUACCGACUUAAUGGUGGACCGGAGAGGAACAUUCAUGUCACCGAUACUACCAAUGCGAGCAGAACUAUGUUCAUGAAUCUGAAGACCUGUCAGUACGACGAGGAGCUUCUUAGAUUCUUCGAGAUUGAUCGCACUAAAGUCGAUCUGCCCAAGAUCGUGCCUUCGUCUCAUCCUGAAGCCUUCGGUUCAUUGGCGUCAGGACCCCUAAAGGGUACAAAGAUCGCAGGCUGCCUGGGUGAUCAAUCGAGUGCCUUGGUCGGCCAUUGCGGGUUCAAGCCUGGCCAUGCCAAGAACACAUACGGUACCGGAUGCUUUCUAUUGUACAACGUCGGUGCUGAGCCUGUUAUAUCAAAAUACGGUCUCCUAGCCACCGUCGCGUAUGACUUUGGUGAGGGACAGAAAGCGUAUGCCUUAGAAGGUAGUAUUGCUGUCGCGGGCUCCGGUGUCAAGUUCCUGAUGAACAACUUGGGUUUCGUACGCGAUUCAUCCAAGGUUGGUGAACUCGCCGAAACUGUUCCUGAUAAUGGUGGAGUCGUGUUCGUGACCGCUUUCAGUGGUCUCUUCGCGCCAUAUUGGAUUGAUGAUGCGAAAGGAACCUUAUUCGGUAUUACACAACACACGCAAAGAGGUCAUAUUGCUCGCGCGACUCUUGAAGCAACCUGUUUUCAGACCCGUGCUAUUCUCGAAGCCAUGGAGAAAGACUCGGGUCACAAGCUUACAGGACUUGCUGUCGAUGGUGGAAUGUCGAAUUCUGACAUUACCAUGCAAACACAAGCUGAUGUUAGCUUCAUGCGCGUCGAGCGACCGGAGAUGCGUGAGACAACUGCUCUCGGCGCAGCAAUUGCUGCCGGACUUGCCACUAAAGGUUGCUGGACUUCCCUGCCAGAACUCUUCGAAAUCACUCAAAACAAACCUGGUCGGAAGAACUUUGACCCGGUCGGCAAACCCGGUAAAAUAAAGCUCAUGUACGACCGUUGGGAACGGGCCGUGGAAAUGAGUCGUGGUUGGGUCAGAAACACGAAAGAAGAAUACAGUUUGGAGGAUACACCAAGCCCUUAA